CUGUGACCUGUGUGGACAACAACAAAAUGCACAAAGAAAGCCAAAACGAACCAGCUACCCAAGAAAUUCGGAACGAUGAAGUUGGGCAGACAGAAAACCAAUUGUUCUCCGGACACAUGCCAAAGAAUCAUGUCACACUAACAGCCAUCUCUAAUCGAUACAUGACAGAAAAUGAUUGGAUGGAUGAUAUGGUAUAUCGGCCUAAAAUGCGCCGUAAGCGGAUGGAAGAUCCAUUGGAUGUGAAAUAUCCGAAAGGAUCAGACUGGAAUGUGAGCAAUAUUCAACCCAAUGAGCACGCACCUGAGUUACACGAUGAAGAAGUAGCCCAACGUGAACUUAUGGCUCAAAACAAAGCAAUAUAUCGGUUGGAUCGCACGGCAUGCUGGCUUCUCCCCUGCGCUUGGUUGUGCAAACUGUUGAAUAUGAUCUUCUGCACGUACAAAAUUGAAAUUGGUGUUCCGGGAAAGUUGAAGAAAGCGGUUGGUGAUCCGACCAAAAUGCUGCGACAAAACAUCUACGGUCUGAUAAUGGGAAUCCUGACAGGAUUCUUCCUGUUCCUAAUGUUUAUUUUCACAUUCAGUAACAAUCCACGUCUGUCCACCUUACUCAGUGCAUAUGUUAUGCUAAUUUCGGUUUUCGGGAUAGCCUUUUCCGAGGACUUUCGUUGUAUCGCACUGUUAAGUCUACCCUAUCUCGUCGCAAGUCGCUUGCGAUGGCUACUCAUGUUGUUUGCAACCGCAGCGUCCCUUAGUGGUCCAGGACUGAAUUUUCUCCACAAUUCGGGUAACUUUCGAAACUCUAUCGCCUGUAUUCUUGCACAAGUCAGUACGAAUAUGCUACUGAUACAGAAACUAACAGCAGCACCGUUUUCUUUGCUCAAAAACCAGCUGGAGUCGUUGAUUGAGGGACUGAAUGAGACUUUGAACAAAAUGCGUGAUUCAUUGUCGAGAAUAAAUUUUUCUCUGUUGAAAGUGACCAGUGUGAUGCAACAACAAUCCAGUUGGAUCGUCUCGCUGGUCGACGCGUGCGGUGACCCGAUUUCGCUGAAAAAUCAAUGUCUCUCGUUUUUGAACAAUAUCUACUUUAAUUGUCGAUCUUCCAUGGGACCGUUUGCCUUUCUUUGUGGUUUGGUACGUCAGUUCGCGGCCGACACGUGCACCGGAGACAUUGGUGCUACUCAACUGUGUGCCCAACAGAAGGAAGUAUUACAAGACAAGCUAGAAAUCGAUUCCAAAGAAACUCUGAAUCGAAAGCUGGAUAAUAUAUUGACUUUGUUGGGGAAAACAAACCUAUCGUUGCAAGGAAACUUUGAUCAGUACGAGAAACUGACCAUUGAGAGCGAUAACACAGUAUUGUCCAUACUACAGCAACGUAUGGACUCGUUUAUCAGUAUGGUAGAGCAUGGAAAAUAUAUUUUGACCUGGAUUUUGGUGAUAUGGACACUACUGACAAUGCUUCAGUUGGUCGUACAAGCGGCCAUCUUUCGAAAAAGCUGGAUUUACCGAGAUACCUUUGAUAACUACUAUAUAACGCCGGCUUUUGUGCAACAAGAAAAACGAGCCAUGAUCCAAGGACUAGUCCCAACCAUCCCGCUCGUGAGGGGCGAGACCAAACGUUACAAGAAAUUCAGUAGCUUCACUUGGACCGUUUCGGAAAAGAAGAAAGCUUUCAAAUCGUUCAUCCUCUUGUUCAUGUGGAUGGGUGUGAUGCUGAUCGUCACAUUCGCCGACUACGCCAUGUAUCAGAUUCUGAUCACCAUCACACCCGUGUUCUCCACUGAUUUUUCAACUAACGGAGCACGAGCUGCCAUGGGGCAAGACUAUGAGAUAAACGAGAGGCUGGAGUCCACACCAAGGGUUCACGGUGAAUCGUCCUAUGCAAAUAUUGUGCGCGCAUUGUUGGGCAUGUUGAAUCCGAUCCAAGAUGUGGCCAUGAAUGUGGACGCGACGGCAUGCAAACCGACCGCGUCGCCGCCGAACAAAGCUCUAAACGGAUUGGUUUACGGACUUCUCGGGCUUACUAUAUUGUCCAUAUUUUUCGAGGUCUACAUCCUUCGAUUGCGUCACAUGAUCAUGCUUUGGUACUAUCCUGAGCGUGGCGUCCAACGGGCUGCUUGGCUACGCACACACAUCCGCAACAACCGCGGACUCUUUCACCGCCUUAUUCACAAGUUCCGUGCUGUGGAGGUGAAGCCGGGGCGUCAAAAUCCAAAGGUGACCAGAUUCGGAAAGUUUCUGAUCAGGCAUCCGAAAAUUCGCGCUUUUCUUGAACUGCUUGGAAUCAAACGAAUAAUGUGCGCUUUCUGUGGUGAGGAGGGGAAUCCCGCGAAAAAGGCAGUGUUCGAGGACAACUUCAUCCGGUGUGUGGAGUGUGGUGCGUAUUUUUGUCGAAUCUGUGAGGUGGAUUUGGACAGCAUCUGCAUGGUUUGUCGCACACCACUAUUCGCCCUGUCAGUGGAAGUCGAUUUUGAGCAGUUCUCGUCAGACGAGGAAUUCGAAGCCAUUUGUGCACGCUACCUGCGCCGUGCGGAACAGACUACCGUGAAAGCUCAGAAGAGCCCUGCUAACGCCAAAAGGCGCGACUCGUACGUGAUUGGUCAGCAGAUCAGGCCGCUUGCCUGUCCAGCAUCAAGGCGAGCUCUGAUUGGUCGACCCAACAGCCAAUCUGCUCCAGGGUCCGCCGGAUACCGGCCACCCAUGCCACAACGCGUUCGAAUUUCCGAACCAUGA